UGUCAACGUCAACUUCAACAUCAACGUCGACUUCAACAUCAACCUAGAAUCUCAUCAGCUCUUGAAUAACCCGCACACAUCACCAAUCUAUGCUGUGCUUCCACAACCUCCUGAUAGAGCUAGCUGCUUAACUAGGUUUCAUCCCUCUCCCUAUGUGCUCAGGAGUCUGGUAUUGUUCUUCUGAUCAUACAUGGACAGUCUUCUUCAGAAGCAUAGCCAUCAGAGCAUUGAACCAUAUGGACUGAGCGUGGAACAUCUAUCGGUUUUGGAAAUUUCGCAUCUGCCAUUAUAGAAUGGCUAUAGAGCAAAAUUCCGGUCGAACGAUACCUACACACAGGAUUGACCCAUCGACGACUAUUCGACUGCCGGUCACUGGUAAUGGCCUAUCAUUUGGACCCAACGACAGCCAGUGCAGGGGGUUUCUUUCAUGUCCCCCACACCUAUACCCCUACUCUUCCUUACCACGAGCGACGCCACUUCGACACCCCUCGCGUCCAUGUCCCUCCCGCCGAAGUCGAUUAUCAUGAGGGAAAGCCGUCUAUUCAGAUCACUCGUGCGAGGUUCAACCAGGUUUCUACGGCCUAUGGAUCACCGACCUUUAUCAACUCUCUGGCCGCUUGCCAUGAGCUUACCAUGACCCAUAACAUGCUUUCAUGGAAAUAUGAGAUGCGCAGAGCUGCCCAACGUAUCCUUCCAUUUCUAUCACUCGGUCCCAGCAGUGUUGCCCGGGAUGUGCCUUAUUUGAAGGCCGAGGGUGUCACUCUAAUGAUUGCGGUUCGCAGUCUGAAGGCCGUUGAAACCCGGCCUACCUUUCUCAAUCCUACCACCUUCUCUGCCACUUCUGGCAUUCCCACUCUAGCCUUUGAUUUCGACUCAACCUACGACUUUAUAUCCGGGUUUCGUCCUAUCAUCAGACAUAUCAAUGACCACCUCGAGGCUACCUGUACCACUGACCAAAUCAAAAGCUCCCACGAUAUAUCGGGCAGAGUAUUGAUCUUUUGCGAGUCAGGAAACGACAGAUCCUCGCUUCUAGUAGCCGCCUACCUCAUCGUCAUUUAUGGAGUGACAGCCUUUUCAGCCAUUCAAAUCGUCCAAUCUCAGCGCUUCUGCAUCAGCAUGUCUGACGACAUGAAGAACAUUCUUGUCGAUCUCCAACAUAUCGUCCAAGCUGAACGGAGUUCACCAACCCCCGAAACUUUUGAAGGGACCUUCUCUCGUGCCACCGAGUCUAGGUCUCCUCGAGGAAAGAAGCGAAACAUCGAACAGCUUGACAGCGAUGACGAGAUGGAGGACGAACUUUAUAGCGUUUCGGACGCGAUCUCUAGAAAAGGGAUUCCCCCGUUCGUCGAUGCUGCGGACUGA